AUGCCGUCUACAUACAAGAAGGACAAACCGUGGGAUACCGACGACAUUGACAAAUGGAAGAUCGAAGAUUUUAAGCCGGAGGACAAUGUCGGCGGAACCUUUGCAGAAGAAUCCUCCUUCGCUUGCCUAUUCCCAAAAUAUCGAGAACUCUACCUGAAGCAGGCUUGGCCGUUGGUUACCAAAGCUCUUGAAAAGAAAGGCAUUGCCUGCACACUGGACCUGGUUGAGGGUCGCAUGGAAGUCCGCACCACCCGCAAAACCUAUGAUCCCGCCGCCAUCUUGGAUGCGAGAGAUCUCAUAAAGCUGCUUGCUCGAAGUGUGCCGGCUCCACAGGCCUUGAAAAUCCUUCAAGAUGAUGUGGCUUGCGAUGUCAUCAAGAUCCGAAAUCUGGUACGGAACAAAGAACGAUUCGUCAAACGUCGUCAACGGUUGCUCGGCCCCAAUGGCUCGACCCUGAAAGCCCUCGAAUUGCUCACAAAUACCUACAUCCUCGUGCAAGGAAAUACAGUCAGCGCCAUGGGCGGCUACAAGGGCUUAAAGGAAGUGAGGAGAGUGGUCGAAGAUUGCAUGAACAACAUUCACCCCAUUUACCAGGUCAAAGAACUUAUGAUCAAGCGAGAAUUAGCAAAGGACCCGGCCUUGAAGAAUGAGAGUUGGGACCGCUUCCUACCGCAACUGAAGAAGAAGACACUGAGCAAGAGACACACGCCCUACAAAAUCACGGACAAAGCGUCGAAGCCAUACACGCCAUUUCCUCCGCCACGCGAAAAGAGUAAAAUUGAUCUGCAGAUUGAAAGCGGAGAAUACUUUCUUGCGAAACAAGCAAAGGAAAGAGCCAAGGAGCAAGAAAGACUCGAAAGACAGAGGGAGAGGAAAGAAGAAAAACAACGCGAGCGAGAGCAAGCUUUCAUCGCGCCCAAGGAAGACCUAUCCCAGAAGAAGACCAAGAGGAAGGCUCCGGUGGAGGCAGAAGCCUCGAAGCCUAAGAAGCAUAAGAAGAGCACUCAGUAA